UGCUUUGGCAGUGACAUAAGGGAUAGCAUUCAGAAUUCAGAACAAGCAAGAACACGUCUGCGAAUAAAAUACACUUAAUGCAGGAAGUGUUUUUAAGUAUGUUCAUUUAUUCAGAUAGUCAGCAUCUCUCAUUCUGAAUCCACGGUGACGCAUUUGAAAUCAGAAACCAUGGGUGUGAGAGGACUCACAAGUUACAUUGAAGGAAAUAAGAAACAGUUUUAUGAGGAACGAAAGCUAAAAAACACCAAACUUGUAAUUGAUGGAAACAGCUUGUUCUGCAACUUGUACAUCAAAUCAGGCUUGGACCAGCGGCACGGAGGAGACUAUGAAUCCUUCGCAAACAUCAUCCAACAAUUCUUUGAGACCCUUACCACCUGCAACAUAAAGCCCUUUGUCGUGAUGGAUGGGGCGAUUGAUUACAGUGGCAAGAAAUUUCCAACACUAAUAGAGCGAGCCCAGGGCAGGAUCGAGGAGGCUGGCAAGAUAUCAAGUGGGAAGUCAAAGCAGUCCCAAUUUUCUCCCUUCUCACUCCUCUCCAGAAUGGUCUUCAGACAGAAGCUGUCCAGCCUUAAUGUCCCCUUUAUCUACUGCAUGUUCGAGGCUGACCAAGAGAUUGCCUGCUUAGCCAAUGAGUGGAACUGCGCAGUGCUAAGCAAGGACAGUGAUUUCUAUAUCUUCGACUUGAAGGGUGGGUACCUCCCAUACGAGUUUUUCGAGUGGCACAACAUCAGCAUGUGCCAGGAGACCACGGAAAGGUACAUUCCAGUCUCCCAUUUCUCCAUCAACAAUUUCUGUGCCUGCUUCAAUAACAUGAACAAAGAGCUGCUCCCUCUCUUUGCGGUGAUUGUUGGCAAUGACUACACCAGCCCAAGGUCCAUGGAUGCGUUUUUCAGCCGGGUUAACUUCUCGCAAGUGGCCCAGCCUGCAUACAGCAGGAUGCACGCCCGCAUUGAUGGCCUGCUCCAUUGGCUGUCCCAAUUCCCUGGGCCGGAGGAAGCGAUGGAUGAAGUUCUUGUCCGAGACAGUGCCCAGGAUAUCACUCAGGAUAUAAUCUCCGGAAUGCAGGAGUACAAAGUCUCCCACAGCAACCUGGCGCAGUACUUCAUGCACGGAGCUGCAGUGGACAACCUGGCAAAAUACUACACACCAGCCAACCUCCCGGAGCCUGUGAGACACUUGCCCGAAUGGCUCCUGGAUAGACUGUCCAGGGGCCACUUGCCCUCUUUCAUUCUUGACGUCCUGGUGCUGCAGAAAACCAUACUGGGAGUGCAGGUGGAGAACUGCCAGCUUCCCAGCAGCCACACAACCUCCCUGCCAAUCCGCCAGGUCUUCUAUGGCCUGCUUCUGGAUGGGAAUAGGAAGCUUCUCCAGGGGCAAGGCAGCGAGCAGGGAGAGACCACAAAUCCAACCGAGGGCAGCCCGCUUUACCAUGUGCAGGAGUUUGACAGGCAGGGUCUCAAAUUCAGGGGAGCCUCCAUUGACGCCAUUCUUCCAAGUGGGUUCCAGCAGUUGCCUCUGGAGAAAUUGAAUGAGGUGCCUUUACCUGUCCGACUCCAGGUUCUCCUGGAGACUCUGGGAGCAGACGAGUCCAUUACUAUAGCAGAUUGCCCCCACCUCAAUUUACCUGUGUGUGUUACCUGCUACUGGCUAUGCUGCUCCAAGCCCAAACCUAACCUGCAGAUGGUCCAGGCUCUGCUGCUGGGCAUUGUGUAUGGAGAACUUAGCAGACUUGGAGGCAACCAGAGAGGGCCAGCGGCUGAGUACCCAGGCGUGAGGGCAGUCUGUAAUAGGCUGGCCAGGCUACAGGUCAGAGCGAAUGAGAGGAGAGGGCCUGAUUUGGACGUGGCCCAUGCUUACAGCCAGUGGCAGUCCUGCCUGUGGAUGAGCAUCUACCUGAACCAGCUGCUCUGCUGUCCACUUCCAGAGCCAGAGUGUGCCUGGCUGUACAGUGGGACAUUCGUGCACUGUGCUGUGGUGGAGAUGAAGUGGGGCAGUACCCCAGAGGACCUGCUGAUGGGAGCCCCCUUUCCUGCACAGCUCUACAGGGACAUCCAAGUGGCGGUGCAGCGCUCUGUGGGUGCUGACUUUUUCAGACCCCCGUCCAGGAAGUGGGUGAAUGCCAGUAAGAAAGUUCAGGGGGUUGGAGCCACAAAGAGGUUUUUCUCCUCCAACAUGUAUGCUCUACAAGAUGAUGGUGUUGAUGAAUAGUAGCAGCACUAAUUUUUAAUGUUGCAGUUUUAGGAGGAGACUGUAGCAGGUUUCGGAGAAGACAAAUUGUAAUUACACCUUAGGAAAUGUUUGCCAAUUUGCACUGUACUGAGAAUUACAUUUUAUUAGUAUAGCUGGAAAGAGUUUAUUUUGCAAUUCAUUCAGAUAUCAUUUAUCUUUUUAAUACUGCAUGUACAUGCACAAGUAUUACAGUAUAAUGCACAUGUUUCUAUGCACAGGUAAUACCGUUUAUAUGUACAGGUAUUACCGUAUAAUGCACAGGUAUUAGAGCAUUACAGGAAAAGACUCCUUGCCAGCGGUGGAUGCACCAAUUUCUAAACCAGAGAUGCCAAAAAUGAUGAAAGCUUGAUUUUGGGGAAAUCUAUUUUUUAUUACAGUACACAUCACUUUGGCACUAUUCUCACAAGUUUGUGCUAAAUUUUCAAAAUCUUAGACAUAAGACUGAAAAGGGUAACACUGCACUUCCAAAACAAAUUUAUUGUGAAAUACUCAUAAAUAAGUAAACAAUCAACAAAGCAAAAGUGACCAAACUUAACUAUUCAAAAUGCUGCUUACCUAGCCAGUUCGAUCCCCGCCCGGGCUGUGUCGAAGUGUCCCUGAGCAAGACACCUAACCCCCAAAUGCUCUCGACGAGCUAGUCGGUGCCUUGCAUGGCAACCAAUCACCGUCGGUGUGUGAGUGUGUGUAUCAAUGGGUGAAUGAGAAGCAUCAAUUGUACAGCGCUUUGGAUAAAGGCGCUAUAUAAAUGCCAACCAUUUACCAUUCCAAUCACAAGACAAAAUCAGACUAAACCGUCAAACUGUCAGAGUUGAGCAAGCUGGUUCCUCCAAAACUCUUAAAGCUUCAUGCCAAAAGUAUACCAAUAUGUAUGCGGCCUAUAAUCAAUAUAUAUCACAUGUAUGCUGCCUAUUACUCAUGUAAUCAAUAUGUAAGCCAAUUAACCUAUAUCAUUAAUUACAGAUGAGCUUAUGGAAACGCAAGAAACCACCAUUAAUCAAAUAUUAAAGUAUGAUUGAGUAUGUCUGUAUAUUUUCAAACUGAUUAAGUGCUCAUUUGUGCUAGAAGUAUAGUGACCCAUAUGUAACCUGAAUUGAAUAAAAUAAUGUGUAUGCUUAAAAGGAAAACUGGAAAGUACAGAAUAACACCAUGUUUUGCAUCAUUAAUCUUUUAUGAUUCCUUUUUGUUAAAAAACAGCUUGCAGGGCAGGAUGUCUUGCGUUGUGGGGGUGGGCUACCUUUGUCAAGGACAGUUUGCAGAACAGCUGUAUGCCUGUACAAUGCGAUAAGAACAUUUAUUUUUAAGAAUAGCUUAUGAUGCAAAAUAUCAUUUCUUUUUGAGCUUAUGAUGCAAAAUGUCAAUUAUUUUGGACAAGAGAACAUUUCAGAAUAGCUUACAAAACAAGUGUCAUCUUUAAAGAAAACAUUCAUUUUUAGAGAAUAGCUUACCAAGCAAAAUUGUGACGAGAGAACAUUUAUUUUUAAAUAGCUCACAAAGCAAAAUUAUAAUUUGGGCGAUUGCCACAAUGAUGUUGGCACCCAAGAGUGCUGAAAUCAUUGUGGCGUGUCAGAGAUCAGCUGGUAUUUUUUAGGAGGAGUUAUAGAAGUGUAUAAAAUGGGUGUGAAACCAACAAUUGACAUUCAGUUCUGCAGAAUUGAUCCGGCUUUGUGCACUUGUACUAAUUUUUUUCCCGAAGAGCUUGCUGAACAAAAUCAGAAUUCUGUGAAAAAAAAUGUCAACAUACUGUGGGUUUGUUUCAGUUUUUUUUUUUUUUUUUUUUUACAAUUGCAAACCCAUUUUUUGAGAGUUAACUUUUUUAGAACUUUGCAUAUGGACUGUAUGUGGACUAAACUGAAUUCUGAAUUCUGAAUUCUUCAUUGCUUUUAUAAAAAAUCAUACAGCCAUCAAAAACUAUGCAUUUCUACAUUCCAAUUUGAAAAUCACUGAAAAUAUUUUAUAUGUAUAUAUAUUCUGUAUGCAUACUAAUAAGGCUUUAAGUAUAAACUAUUCAUUAAACUUGUGGCAGGCUAAUUCAUUUGGUGGUGGUGUUAUUUUCUGAUAUGCCAAGUGUCAUAAGUGUUAACCGUGACAACCGUGUAUUUCUCAAGCACGUAAAUAUGGUUUAUUUCUCAAGCACGUAAAUACGACAUCACAGGAAGGGCACUACGGUGGCCCAUGCAUUCACUUAUCACUACAUCUCCCCCUUUAAGUAGUUGAGAAAUCACAUGAAUUACCCAAGACAGAACAGGUAUAAUUUCAUAACAAAGGGUCACAUAGAAACUAGGAUUUUGGGGUAGACUGCCCGCCAUCCACAGCAACGUAGGGAUUAUUCUGCCCUCGAUAGUUGCUGUCCCUAUUACUCUGGAACAGUUCAAACAGUCCAUGGGUGUUCGACUUCGGCAACAGCCAUACAGUCCAUUUCCAUAUCUCCAUGUCAUAACUCAAGAGUGCAUAAUUUAUAACAACUGUAUGUCAGUAUGAAAAACAGUCAAAAUCAUCAAUGACAAUAUCAAUACCAUCAAUACGUAAUCAAACCGUUUUCAAACCGAAAACGUAUUAAAGCUAGAGAGUUAAGUGUCUCUAUACCUGUAAGGAAGUCUGACCUCACGGCCUCUGGAAGUCACCUGCACCACACUAUGCGGUGGUGUAUUCGGGGAUGCAUACCCCACGGCUCGGUCUGGUGAUGUCUGGUCUGGUGACUUGUCCCUGAGAGCAGGACUGACCGCAGGAGAAGGCCCACUCGGCAGUGGUUGGUCAGACGAAUCCACAGACUCCUAUAUCUCUUUGCUUUUGUACUGACCCAUUGCCUGGACUCUUGUUUGCAAACUGCCUGAUCUCUACUGCUACUGCUUGCUGGUUAGCGACCCUUGCCUGUGUACUCUGCUGCAAGUUUAAUAAAGAUUUAAAAAUUG